AUGGGGAAGAAGACAUACACCAAGUCCUCAGAUUAUUCCGAUUUCCCGAGGGUGUCGGGGCCGAGCUGGACCCACGGCGGAAGGCGCCGGGCUCCGGAAGCGCUGGCCGCGACCCCAGCCGAGGGCGGCGCCGCCCCUCACGCGCCCCGUUAUCUGCUGGUAUAUAUAGUGUCUGCGCUCGCCCUCCACAGUGUCCUCGGUCAGACCCGGGCGGAGGACAGCCAGUGUCCCCUGCGGCCCCAAGGUCACCGCGGACACCCCAGGGCGCCCCUUCCCGGCAUGGAGGAUGAGAGCAGUAAUGCGGCGGGGGAAGCGCCCCCCGCUCCCGCCCCGGUGCGACGCCGCUCGUCCGCCAACUACCGCGCCUACGCCACGGAGCCGCACGCCAAGAAAAAGUCCAAGAUCUCCGCCUCCAGAAAACUGCAGCUGAAGACCCUGAUGCUGCAGAUCGCCAAACAGGAGCUGGAGCGCGAGGCCGAGGAGCGGCGCGGGGAGAAGGGGCGCGCCCUGAGCACCCGCUGCCAGCCCUUGGAGCUGGCGGGGCUUGGUUUCACCGAGCUGCAGGACUUGUGCCGUCAGCUGCACGCACGCGUGGACAAAGUGGAUGAAGAGAGAUACGACGUAGAAGCCAAGGUCACCAAGAACAUCACGGAGAUUGCAGAUCUGACCCAGAAGAUCUUUGACCUGCGGGGCAAGUUCAAGCGCCCCACCCUGCGGAGGGUGCGGAUUUCAGCGGACGCCAUGAUGCAGGCACUGCUGGGCACCCGGGCCAAGGAGUCCCUGGACCUGCGGGCCCACCUGAAGCAGGUGAAGAAGGAAGACACAGAGAAGGAGAACCGGGAAGUGGGAGACUGGCGCAAGAACGUGGACCUGCUGAGUGGGAUGGAGGGUCGCAAGAAGAAGUUCGAAGGUUGAGCUCACUCCCGCCCUGGCCCCGCGCGGCCUGCUGAAUAAAGCUUCUCACCUU